AUGCCCGCCUCCGCGAUUCGCGUCCUUGCCGCUGCUCUCCGUCCAGGGAUGCCUCCGCGGUCGCCCCGCCAUCUUCGCCCUCGCCCCGCUCUCCAUGGAAGGAAGGGCGUCAUUCCAGGGAUUACCUCUGCGACAGCCCCCACCAUUCUCGCCCUCACCCCGCUCUCCAUCGAAGGAAGGGUGCCAUUCCAGGGAUUACCUCUGCGGCAGCCCCCACCAUUCUCGCCCUCAUCCGCUCUCCGCCAUCCUCACCCCCACCCGCCCCCGCCAUCCUCCUCCUACGCGCAAGUCUUCGGUGCCCUUCUCCUGCCCCUGCCAUCCCCGCAUAUUUGGAUCCGGGGUUCGCUCAGGUUGCCUCGCAAGGGCCCCACCACGCGCGAACGGGGUCGCCGGUGUGGAUCGAAACUACCUGGGUGCCUUGACAUCAUUCAACCAGCGCCGAGCUCCAUCCGCAACAAACUCAAGCGGCCCCGCCUCAUGUCCUGGUCAGCGGUGCAGAUCGUCGGGAACUUCGCCCCCGUCGGUGAGCAGUCACCGACUUCGUCUUCAACGACUUUGGCGAAGGCAGGCGGCUCCAAAGCGCGCGUCACAGAGAUCUUCGUCGUCACUGUGUCCGGCAGCAAGGUCCCAUGCCUCGCGUUUGGGACCAGGAAGGCGUCGUUCCUCUUGGAGGUGCCGCUCAGCGUUGUUGCCUCGCUCUUUGACGAGGGCCAUAGUGGGGGUCACGCCGUUGAUAUCGGCAUCGUGAUCGAGGAGCACCUGAAUCCUGUCGUACAUGCCUGCAAGGGUGAACCUGAAUCUUGUCGUGAUUGAAGGGUACCAGGUGGGUGGUGUCCUUGGCGUGAAGCUGAUGACCACCACCGAGAUGGUUGUCCCCUUCUCCUCUGUUUGAUUGCCUCCGCAUCUGCUUCUAUAAAACUUCAGAUGCAAGGAUGUCGUUUAGACUUAUCACUUUGUU